GAACACACACACACACACUUCACUGAAAUUUCCGCUCCACACAUAUAUAGAUACAAGUGUGUGUAUAUCUGCUGUCUCACUCAUCUCUGAAAUCACCGCUCACUGUGUGUGUAUCUGAUUUUUCUCUGUUUGAUUCAUGGCUACUCAAGGUCAAGUCAUUACUUGCAAAGCGGCGGUGGCCUGGGAACCCAAUAAGCCACUGGUGAUUGAGGAGGUGCAGGUGGCGCCGCCGCAAUUCGGAGAAGUGAGGGUGAAGAUUCUCUACACCGCUCUCUGCCACACCGACGCCUACACCUGGAGCGGCAAGGAUCCCGAAGGUCUCUUCCCAUGCAUCCUCGGUCACGAAGCUGCAGGAAUAGUCGAGAGCGUUGGAGAAGGUGUGACCGAAGUUCAACCAGGGGACCAUGUGAUCCCUUGCUACCAAGCAGAAUGCAAGGAAUGCAAGUUCUGCAAAUCUGGAAAGACUAAUCUCUGUGGGAAAGUAAGGUUAGCUACUGGAGUUGGAGUGAUGUUGACCGAUCGACAGAGCCGUUUUUCGAUCAAUGGAAAACCCAUCUAUCAUUUCAUGGGGACUUCGACGUUCAGUCAGUACACUGUUGUACACGAUGUCAGUGUUGCAAAGAUUGAUCCUAUAGCACCUUUGGACAAAGUUUGUCUCCUAGGUUGUGGCGUUCCGACAGGUCUUGGAGCCGUUUGGAAUACUGCAAAAGUAGAAUCAGGUUCCAUUGUUGCUAUUUUUGGCCUAGGCACUGUUGGACUUGCUGUGGCAGAGGGUGCAAAAGCUGCUGGCGCUUCGCGGAUAAUUGGGAUAGAUAUUGACACCAAAAAGUUCGAUACAGCAAAGAACUUUGGUGUGACUGAAUUCAUCAACCCAAAAGACCACGAGAAACCGAUCCAGCAAGUCAUUGUGGAUUUAACCGACGGUGGAGUUGAUUACAGUUUCGAGUGCAUUGGUAAUGUCUCUGUAAUGAGGGCUGCUUUAGAGUGCUGCCAUAAGGGAUGGGGAACAUCCGUUAUUGUGGGUGUCGCUGCAUCGGGUCAAGAAAUCUCGACCCGCCCGUUUCAGCUGGUAACGGGUCGGGUCUGGAAGGGUACCGCAUUUGGCGGGUUCAAGAGCCGCUCCCAAGUACCUUGGCUUGUGGAGAAGUAUCUGAAGAAAGAAAUCAAAGUUGACGAGUACAUCACCCAUAACAUGACUCUUCCAGACAUAAACAAAGCGUUUGAUCUGAUGCAUGAUGGUGUCUGCCUGAGGGUUGUGCUUAGCAUGCAUUAAUUAUAACUUAUUACAUUUGCUGUGACACAGUUUGUGUACUCUUUUGCCAGAUCAAACGUGUGAUCCUUUUUUUAAUCUCUUCGUUUGGUAAUAAGACAAGUAACUUCUUUUCUUAUCCGUAAUGGUUCAUGAAUUGUUUAUU